AUGAGUGAAGAAGGGGAGCACGGGAUCGGAAGAUUUGCAUCAGGACUUCGGAAUGAGAAUGGUAACCGUCUUGUUAGACUCCUGUCUGCCACUACUUUUUCAUGGCAACUCCAUCUUCAUGAAGAAGGAACACCGGCAAUGGACACAGGGGUCACCCAAAAGAUAAAAGAAAGAAGCCGAAAGCUGGAAAAGAAGCUGUCACCAUGUCGGAGAAGGAGAGAAAUAGUAUAUGACGGCGUCAGGUUGGAGGAGCUCCUAGCCACUUGUGACUCGCCCAUCAAGGAGGACCUAACGAAGGACUACGGGCUGCUUCUCAGAGGACUGAGGGUAUUUGGUAAAAUGCCUCAAUGCCUCAAAUAAGG